AUGAAUCCCGACACCAAGUUGCUGCUCGAGGAACUCCAAAAGCUCUCCCUCGAGCAAUCUGGUAUUCGGCAGCAGUUGACUGAGCAGAAGGACUUCCUCGAGCGACGCUUCACCGAGGUCGAUGACAAUCUUGAGAAGCGUCUCCUGGAUGCCGAAGCGGUGGUGGAGCAGCGGAUCAUCGACUCCGAGCUCCGUCAGGACGUUCGACUCCAGGCAAUCGAGAAGACGGCUGCCGAUCUGAGCGAUUGGCGGCGGGAGCAGGACGCCUCCGUCGACGACAUUCGCCUACGCCUCGGCAAGCUGGACAAGUUUUGGGCCCGCUCGGUGCUCGAGACGACUUCGCCCUUCACCGAUCCGGGCGUUUUCCCAGAACCCCAGGUUUCCUCGGAGCAGCACGCCGCACCAACCUCUGCGCGCUAUCAGGCUGCUCGGCCAAUCGGGCACCGCGUCGACCUUCAUCACCGGGAGGGUGGGUAUGGGGUGGUCACCACUCAUGCUCAUCCCCCGGUCACGGAUAUGGACGAUUUCCCUGAAACUCCUCCUAGAGUUUACGGUACAGCACGGGAUUUAUACCUUUCACGCAAUCGCCCACCCGAACACCACUAUAAUCCUACAGGCAAACUGCCAAAAUUAUCCUUCCCCACUUUUGAUGGCACUGAUCUUAAGCUGUGGAUUACUUGCGCUGAAGAUUAUUUUUCCAUGUAUUCGGUCGAUCCUUCUGUCUGGAUACAGUGCGCCCGUAUGCAAUUCCUUGGUCCAGCCAAGCGUUGGGUCCAAUCUGUUACUGAUGAGCUCAAAUCCUGGACAUGGCCUGAGUUCUGUCAAGCCCUGCAUUCUCGCUUUGACCGUGAUCAGCAUACUUUCCUUCUUCGCCAAAUGAACCGCAUACGCCAGCUAACAUCUGUCCAGGAUUAUAUUGAUCGCUUCGCUGAGCUUGUUGACCAGCUCAGAGCCUAUGAGUCUCCACCCAGUGCCUUACCCUAUGUCACAAGAUUUAUUGAUGGCCUAAAACCUGAAAUCCGUGCUGUACUUCUUGUUCACCGUCCUGCUGCUUUGGAUACUGCGUAUACUUUGGCAUUCUUGCAGGAAGAAGCUGGGGACUCCGCACGCCGACAUGAUUCCAGGACUUGGAAUCCGAAGGGCGGUUAUCAGCGUGGCGACCGCCACAAUGCGGCUGACGUUGACAAGCCGACGAUCCCUUCGAAGCCCCUUGACAAGCGAUUGGCUGAUCUUAAGGAAUAUCGUCGCGCCCAAGGACUCUGCGAUCAUUGUGGUGACAAGUGGAGCAGAGAUCAUAAGUGCGCUGCCAAGGUUGGUCUUCAUGUAUUGGAUGAGCUUUAUGCCUUGUUCUCUGCUGAUUGUACUGUCGAAGAUCCAGCUACUGACGAUGGGGAGAACUGUGAGACUGCAGAACAUUGCUAUUGUCUGUCGGCUAGUGUUACUUCUACUAUAGUGCGAACUUUGCAGUUUCGGGGAUCCAUGUGCCAUCAGUCUGUGUUGAUAUUGCUCGAUUCAGGCAGUUCAUCUUCUUUCAUCAGCACGCAUUUGGUGUCUCAGCUAUGCUUGUCCACAAGUCAGAGUACUGAAGUUUCCAUCAGAAUUGCGGAUGGUCAUGUCAUGCGUUGUUCUACCGUUGUACCAGGGGCCAUAUGGACCAUUCACCAGUUUCAGUUUCAGCAUGAUUUGAAGGUCCUGCCCAUUCCUCAGUAUGACAUUAUUUUGGGUAUGGACUGGUUGCAGUUGUUCAGUCCCAUGAAGGUUGAUUGGAAUGCUCACUGGCUCACAAUUCCUUACAAAGGACACUCAGUUACCCUUCAGGGAGUGUCUGAUGCAUUUACGGAGGACCCUUCCCAAUUAAUGGUGCAGGUUUUCAGUCUGGAUUCUACAGUUCCAGCACAGUCUCCUGACAUUCAUCCAGCUAUCAGUGCACUUCUUGCUGAAUUUCCCACUAUCACUACUCCACCUGAGACAUUGCCGCCCAAGCGCGCUUGUGACCAUGAGAUUCCUUUGGUGGAAGGAGCACGUCCUGUCAAUAUUAGGCCCUACCGUUACCCCCCUGCACUUAAGGAUGAGAUUGAAGCCCAGGUUGAGACCAUGCUCAAACAGGGCCUUAUUCAGCACAGUACAUCACCUUUCAACUCGCCAGUGCUGCUGGUGCGCAAGAAGGACAGUUCCUGGCGUUUCUGUGUGGACUACAGAUACUUGAACAACCUAACGGUCAAGACUGCUUUUCCCAUUCCUGUGUUUGAGCAGCUGAUGGACGAGUUGGCGGAUGCUCGUUAUUUCUCCACAUUGGAUCUGUUAUCAGGAUACCAUCAGAUUCGUUUACGGGAAGGUGAAGAGUUCAAAACCGCCUUCUCCACUCAUGUGGGUCACUAUGAGUUUCGGGUGGUUGCUUUUGGCCUUACUGGCGCGCCAGGUACCUUCCAGGGAGCUAUGAACACCACGUUGCAUCCCCUCCUACGCCGCUGUGUCAUUGUAUUUUUUGAUGAUAUCCUGGUGUACAGUAGAACAAUGGAGGAACACAUGGAUCGUCUUCGUCAGGUUUUCCAGUUGCUGGCCCGCGAUCAUUGGCACAUCAAGCUGUCUAAGUGCAAGUUUGGUCAAACUACCAUCUCCUAUUUGGGUCAUGUGAUUAGUCAGCAGGGCGUUGCGACCGAUCCCACUAAAAUUGAAGCCGUAGCGACUUGGCCCACGCCCACUACUGUUAAGGCAUUGCGCAGUUUCUUGGGGUUCACUGGUUUCUACCGGCGUUUUGUCAAGAACUAUGCCAUCAUAGCAAAACCACUGACUAACUUGUUGAAGAAGCAUUCCAUAUUUCACUGGACUUCCGAUCAUGAUACCGCAUUCCAUGCCCUGAAGCACAGCUUGUGCUCAGCUCCCAUCCUUAAGUUGCCUGACUUUACCAAGCAAUUUUGUAUUGAGACGGAUGCUUCCCAUUUUGGGGUUGGGGCUGUGCUUCUCCAGGACGGGCACCCCCUGGCGUUUCUCAGUCAUGCUCUUGGGCCCAAGAAUCAAGGACUAUCCGCUUAUGAGAAGGAAUACAUGGCAAUUCUCAUUGCAGUGGAGCAGUGGCGAUCUUAUCUUCAGUUGGGGGAGUUUCUUAUUUUCACGGAUCAGCGGAGUCUCGUUCACCUGUCAGAUCAACGGUUGAAUACUGCAUGGCAAUAG